GAUGCCACGUUUCAUUUUCCUUUUACUCAUUUUGUUUUUUUUUCCUCUUUUUUUGUCGUGUGCUUAUUUUUGUCUCAGUCUCUUGAAUUGCGUUUUGAAUUCAACCAAAGCUUCAUUUCUUUAUGUUCUUUCUCUUCUUUCUAACACAAAAAACUUCAGCUGUAGUUACAAACACACACUCACUACUCUUUCAAUAUCUUCUUUCAAAUUCUUCUUUUUUUUUUUUUGCGUUUGAAAUUCUUCUUCUACUUUAGGGUUACACUACAAUGUUCAACUUUUUAAUUAGGAAAGAUGCUAGAAAGAUUCUCAAACGCAAAGAUAGUGAUGCUGGUGAAAAAGGAAGGGCUUUGGAAGACUUGAGAGCCUCUCUCUUUAACCAAUUUAAUUUCUCCGACGGUGCAAAACGUCAACAGCAGCGUAUAUGUGGUCCAGCUACUGCACUUACCUUCAAUUUUGUGGUUGCAGUUGGUAUUAUUUUUGUAAACAAAAUGGUGCUUCAAACUGUUAAAUUCAAAUUCCCUAUACUUCUCACACUAAUUCACUAUGUAGUAAGUUGGUUUUUAAUGGCAGUACUAAAAGCAUUUUCAUUGCUUCCUCCAUCUCCUUCCACGAAAUCAACUCGAAUGUCAACUUUAUUUACUCUUGGAUUUGUUAUGUCUCUAUCUACUGGCUUUGCUAAUGUUAGCUUGAAGUAUAAUAGCAUUGGUUUCUAUCAGAUGGCAAAGAUUGCAGUGACGCCAUCAAUAGUUUUUGCAGAAUUUGUAUUGUAUAGGAAGAAAGUAUCUUUGCCUAAGGUGUUAGCAUUGACAGUGGUAUCUAUUGGCGUUGCGGUGGCUACAGUGACUGAUCUGCAGUUCCAUUUAUUCGGUGCUUGUGUAGCAUUGGCAUGGAUUGUACCUAGUGCUGUAAACAAGAUCCUUUGGUCUAGACUGCAGCAGCAAGAGAACUGGACAGCUUUGUCGUUGAUGUGGAAAACAACGCCUAUUACCUUAAUUUUCCUGGCUGCCAUGUUACCCUGCUUAGACCCUCCUGGUGUACUCUCCUUCGAUUGGAACUUGAGCAACACUCUGGUGAUUUUUGGAUCAGCCAUUCUUGGAUUCUUGCUGCAGUGGUCGGGUGCUUUGGCAUUAGGUGCUACAUCAGCCGUCUCGCAUGUUGUCCUUGGGCAGUUUAAGACAUGCAUCCUGCUUCUAGGAAACUAUUAUCUCUUUGGAUCCAAUCCCGGCACAAUCAGUAUCUGCGGUGCAUUCACAGCCAUAGGCGGUACGUCUAUUUACACAUACCUUAAUUUAAAGCAGCAACCAAACAAGGGUUCUCCUCGACAACCUUCUGUAUUACCUAAAUCAAAACUUGGCAAAGAAAAUGGCAACGCCAAUGGCAAUGAUGGACAUUAUGGGGUAGAGUCCGUCUAACUUAAUGCCUGAACCUAUUACUCGUUAACCAAAUAUUUUUAUUUUUUUCCCUCGUGUUUCUUGAUUCUCAUCUAACCAUUUUGAGGUGUUAGAUAGUGAUGUGUCAACUAUAAUAUAUUAUCCGAAACAAAAUAGAUACUGACCCUUGAAUCUAUUCGACACGACACCUACUUGAUCAUGUAAACUUGGAACACCAUUUGUAUAUGAAUGUUUUGGUGGAUUCCUGUUGGAAAUUGAUUUUUUUUUCUUCUUUGGAUUUUGUAUUAGGAGCUACAGCUGCAUUAUGUUGUAAUAGAAAACAAAAAUUGUUUUGUACUAAAGUUUAUAUGGUUGUCACCAUUUGCUGAAAUUUGUUAUUGAGGCAUUUUAAGCUUUCAUUGUUAGGGAGUAAGACAUAAAUGUAUUAGCCUUAGGAAUUGAUUAUGUAUGUGAAAUUGCUUGUUAUUGAGGCAUUUUAAGCUUGUCA